CUGCAUGCGGAGAAUUUGUGAACAUCCAGGAUGACAUCAGAGGCUGCUGCUGCUACUGUCUCCACACCUUCAGCCUUAAGCAGCACUCCAGUCCGAAUAGACUACUACUGGCUCCGCUCCUUUGUUGCAGGAGGUGUCGCAGGAUGCUGUGCCAAGACUACAAUCGCUCCUCUAGACCGAGUAAAGAUUCUGCUUCAGGCCCAGAAUCCCCACUACAAACACCUGGGCGUGUUUUCCACUCUAAAAGCCGUCCCAAAAAAAGAAGGCUACCGUGGCUUGUAUAAGGGCAAUGGAGCUAUGAUGGUGAGGAUAUUUCCUUAUGGCGCAAUCCAGUUCAUGGCCUUCGACAAUUAUAAAAAGUUGCUCAAUAAACAACUUGGGAUCUCCGGACCUAUUCAUCGCCUAAUGGCCGGAUCCAUGGCAGGUAUGACAGCGGUGAUAUGCACCUAUCCACUGGACGUCGUUCGAGCCAGACUUGCUUUCCAGGUGACUGGGUUUCAUCGCUACACUGGAAUCGCCAAUGCCUUCCACACCAUCUAUCUGAAGGAGGGGGGAUUCUCGGGCUUCUACCGGGGACUCACCCCAACCCUCAUUGGAAUGGCCCCUUAUGCAGGUUUCUCCUUCUUCACCUUCGGGACUUUGAAAAGCCUCGGCUUGAAACAUUUCCCAGAGACGCUGGGACGGCCGUCCUCGGACAACCCUGACGUCCUGGUUCUUAAAACCAAAGUCAACCUGCUGUGUGGAGGCAUCGCCGGUGCCAUCGCUCAGACGAUAUCCUAUCCCUUGGAUGUGGCGAGGCGAAGAAUGCAGCUCGGUUCUGUGCUUCCUGACGCGCACAAGUGUGUCUCCCUGAGCAAGACUCUGUCGUACGUCUACACCGAGUACGGCAUCAAGAACGGCCUGUACCGAGGCCUCUCGCUCAACUACAUCCGCUGCGUGCCCUCUCAGGCUGUGGCCUUCACAACCUACGAAUUCAUGAAGCAACUCCUCCACCUCAACUAGAGGCCGCGUCACUCAUCCGACUCGCGCGGAUGCUUGCUCGAGUUCCACAUUCCUGUGGCAUUUGUGUAAGAGAAGUGUGGACAUCUGAAGAAAAGUGAGAAGUGCACUUUUACCACCCAACAGACGUGACGACUGAAAGGCUCAAUUUGAUGGGCAACG